ACAUUUAUUAGUAAAAUAUGACUCAAAGUGAAAAAGUGGGAAACCAUGGAGAUGAAGAAAUCAUCAAAGAACUGUGUGUGUGUAAUGGUGUAUCGUAUGAGAAGAUUAGUCAGGAUGGGAGAGCUGUAACAGCUCUUGAGAUGUUCUUCUCUGGGUUUCCGUGCAUGGUGGGACUCUCUCUGUUCCCCAGGCUCAUCACCCUCACCAUCGUGGGUCAGAACAUACAAAGAAUUCAGGGACUUGAAGAAUGCCCUCUGCUCAAAGAGCUCUGGGUGGCAGAAUGCCAGCUCAGUGAAAUGUCAGGAUUGCAAAGCUGUGUGCAGUUACAGAAACUCUAUCUGUAUGAUAAUAAGAUCAGUGAGAUUACAGAACUGGAGUCUCUGAUUAACCUGGACGUCCUCUGGCUCAACAACAACCAAAUCUCUCACAUUCAGGGCUUACAUACUCUCGAAAAACUGACAGAACUCAACCUAGCUGAUAAUUUCAUUGAGACUAUCGGAAACAGUCUGGAGCAAAACAAAGAUCUUCAAAUUCUCAAUCUAUCAGGAAACAAGAUCAGUUCUUUUAAGGAGCUGACCCAUCUCAGGCAUCUGAGUAAGCUCAAAGAACUCGGGCUAAAGGAUUCACAGUCGAGUCCAAACCCAGUGUGUUUGUUGUGUAAUUACUCUACACACGUCCUGUACCACAUACCCACUCUGCACCGAUUCGACUCGUACAACGUAUCACCAAAAAUCAUCAAGGAUGCAGCAGAGCUUACAGUGAUGAAGAAGAUGAUGUACUAUAAGAUGCGAGUGCACUCUGUUCAGAGAAACUUCCAUCAGAUGGAACUAAAACUGCAGCAAUACAAGGAGAAACUACAGCGACUACCUGAAGAGAGGAUUCGAGCCCUCAGCUACACACUUCAACACCUGCAGUCUGAGUCGGAGACUGUUGGCAGGGUUUUGGGGUAUUUAAGGGAGGAGGUAAAAUCAGAGGAACCAGCUGAUUCUGGGGACUCGACCUUUGACCUUGAUGACCCUGGAAACAAGAAGAAACUGGAGAAGAAAGUGGAGUUAAUCAGAGAGCGGAUUAAGAUCUGGGAACGGAGAAUAGAACAGCUGGAGGUGUGGUUCCAGCAAGAAAUUGCUAUGGCAACAGCCAGGAGGGAGCAGAUGAUUCAUUUCCUGCUGAUGGAACUGGAGACAGUGGGAAACAUUCGGUUUGAAGAAGGAAGCACAAACGAUGCCUGGUUUAACACAUGUUAUGAUCUCCUGCUCUCUCGGUUCUGCCUUCGGGAGUACAAACCCCACAACAUCACCGGCAUAAAGAUCAACCGAAUCGUGCGGGUCCAACAUCGCGCCCUUCGUCUGCGCUUCGAGGAUAAAUUGCACUUCCUGCUGGUGGACCACGUUUCACCGCUUUUCAUACGAAACUACAAACACAAUCUGGAGUAUCUGUUUUAUGUUUUUGAUCCUGAGAGAAGCACAGAGACUAAUGAGAUCCUGGACAUUCUGGAGAACGGGUUUCAAUCAGCCAAGAGUUAUAAGAUUCGGGGUAGAGAACGGGCAGUUUCUUUAACCAACAGUCUGAGUCUGUGUGAGGAACCUCGUAUAAGAUCUGCUCUAAGAACAGUUACUACACAUCAAACCAAAAGCUCAGCGGCACCUCUGCCCUUCAAACACGGUCAGCUGAUCAUCUCCAAAGUGUUUUUGGGUCGGAGUGUCCCGAUGAAGAAUGGAGUUCCAGUGGAUUCAGCAUUUUAUCCCAAAGCUCACUCAGUGUACCACAAACCCAUCACUAAGCAGUGCACCGCCAGUCAAGGGAAACCAGAUGCAGUGUGUACCUCAGAGCUGCAGGGGUUCUGUGAUUGCGGUCAGAAAGAGACUCAGUGGUUUGUUUUUGACCAUGAGCUCGUACUGCCUGAGUAUCUCAUCGACUUUGAGUACAUUUCACAGGAGACGUCCCAGCUCUCCUACCCCAGUGCCCCAGGCUGUGAAGUACCUGAAGAUAUCACAUCCAAGUCUUUUCAUGAUCAGACUCUGGAUGAAGAGGUUCUGGCUCUGGAACCAUUUGUUAAAACUCGACCCAAACUGCUCAGCUUGGACGAGAAGAGCAUCCUGACUGCAGCUCGAGCUAACGUGCUCAGCCAAAUUACUGUGCUGAAUCUUCAUGGCAACAGUUUGAGCAGGCUUAAGGAGAUUUCUCACCUAUCGGCUCUGCGCCAUCUAACCAUCAGCUUUAAUGAGCUCACCCACCUGGACGAGAUUUCACACCUGCCCAGUUUGGAGUGUGUAGAUGCCAGUUUUAACCAAAUCGUGACUCUUGACGGUGUUCAAGGACUUCCUCGUCUGAAACAGCUGGACCUGCGCUGGAAUCAGCUGAGCCUUGUGAAAGAGGACACGGUCGUCCUGCACAAACACACACCGUCUCUUCUACAGCUUGAUACCAGAUACAACCCAUGGAGUCAGCAGGGUGAGUCCAGGAGGAUGGAGAUGUUAGGACAGUUGAAGAGUCUUACACAUCUGGAUGGAGUUUUAGUUUCAGAGGACGAAGCAGCAGCAUCAGCGGAGCUUAACACAUCUUCCAAAAUCACCUUGGCAUCUUUGCUCUCUCACUCUCGUACUGAUACAGAUCGACCCCGAUGUUUGAGUGUCUUUGCUACAGCCCAAGUCCUCACAAAGCUCAAAUCAUCACCAUGGAAACACCUCUCUGACCUCGAACCAGGGUGGAGCACUAAGAUUACAGCACUAAAUCUGGAUGGGCAGCGACUAUACCAUAUCAGUAAUCUAGAAAAGCUGGUGAAUCUUCGCUGGGCAUCGUUUAAUCACAACCAGCUCACUCACAUCAAUGGAUUAAAACACUGCCUUUUACUGGAGGAGCUUUCCCUUGACCACAACAACAUCUGCACUUUGGAAGGUGUGGGGAAACUGCAUCAUCUGACGCGUCUCAGCAUUAACAGUAAUCGGCUGCGGUGUUUGGAUGGCUCGGUGCUGGAUUGUCUCUCGAAUCUUCACUACCUCUCUGCUGAGAGCAACUGCAUUACCUCCCUGCAUGGGGUUCAGAGGUCACGUGUCCUCUUAGAGCUCUACCUGGGCAACAAUAUCAUCAGCACCUCACGGGACAUCUACCACCUGAAGAACCUGAGCAGUUUGAUCAUUCUGGAUUUACAAGGAAACCCGUUAGCACAGAAGUUGGAGAAUUUUCGAGCGUUCGUGAUCUUCCACCUGCCAUGUCUGAAAGCUCUGGAUGGUUCUUCUGUGGAUGUUGCAGAAUCUGAAAAUGCUAAAGAUCUUUUUGGAGGCAGACUAACGGCAGACAUGGUGGCUGAGAAACUCGGUCACUCAAACUACAGAGAGAUUGUUGAUCUGGAGCUAACAGACUGCACGAUCAGGAUGGUGGAUCUGGUUCCUUUUGAUCUGUUUGUAAAUUUGCGCAGUGUGAAUUUGGAGCGGAACAAUCUCACAUCCUUCAGUGGCAUCGUCUAUCUGCCCAACAUCAAGGUUUUGCGCUUAAACUACAACCACAUUGAGUCGAUUCUGCCACGUCAGAAGGUACAAACUCACCUGAACAGCAGACAGCAGCUCUAUCAGAAAGUUCAUUCCAGUGGGUACGGUCAACAGAGCAGAACCAGCAGGGAGUGUGUGGAUGUGGACGGUCUGGAACCACUCAUGUCCUGUUUGGAGGUUCUCCAUCUCAGCUAUAACGGAAUAUCUAACCUCAACGAGCUACAGUUGAGCCGACUGACCAAUCUCCGUGCUCUGUUCCUGCAAGGUAAUGAGAUAGGGCAGUUGGAAGGGUUGGAUGGCCUGAGUCACUUGCAGAAGCUGGUUUUGGAUCAGAACCGAAUGAAGAUGCUCAGUGAGAGCUGCUUUACCUCACACACCCAUCUGAUCGAACUUCACAUCAACGACAACCGUCUGCGCAGCCUUCCAAACCUGCAACUUCCCCAACUGCAACGUCUGUUCCUCAAUAAUAACAAACUGCAGGACUUAGCUGAACUGGAUAAAUUGGAGACUCUUCCAUCACUUACAGAGCUGUCUGUGAUAGGAAACCCGCUGGCACGGCGUUCCCUGCACAGGCCCCCGGUGGUUCUACAUCUUCCUCAUCUGCAGGUUCUCGAUGGAAUACCAGUUACACUGGAGGAACGAACAGAGUUACUGUGUACUGAGUGUCCAGGUUCUGAUAUGUCAUUUCCUGGAUUACUGUGUCGUGCCCCUCCAGUUCGAGGUGCCAAUUUGAGUGUUGGCCUGCAGCAACUAGUAGGACCUGAGAUCCUCAUCAACACCAACACUGAGGAUACACACCAUAAAUAUAAGAAGCAGAGAGUUGGGGUAAUAUACUCACGCAGCGCUCAGGGCGACAAAUGCAGAGGAGCUCUGAAUCUAACAGGAUUUCUGUCCAACACCAGCCGACUUUACAUAACACACACUGAAUCUGAUAACAGGUACCAGAAUUCGAAUGGAGCCAAACCUCCACCCCUCUAACAGUCAUGUUUGAUGUUCUGCUCCUGCCUUUCACUAUAUUAUUAAUUUAUUUUAUGCUGAAAGUUUUUGUUGUUGUUGUAAAAAAUAAAUCUUAAUUUUUUUUUUUUA